AUGGUUUUCGGCUUCAGAAAGAACAAAAACAGUCCAGUUAGGGAUGUUUCUAAAUCUAAAAAAGAGUGUGUUGAUAAAGCCAUUGAAUGUAAUAGUAAGGGCGACAGACCAGCCGCUUUGGGCCAUUUAAAGCGUAAAAAAUUAUUCACGGAAGAGUUAAAUAAAUUGAGAGUCUCACUACUCGCCCUGGAGAGUCAAAACAUAGCACUAGAGGGCGCCCAAAUGCAACAUAUGGCUCUAUCGGCGCUAACCAAUUCGCUAAACGCCCAGAAAUAUCUACAGUCCACUGUUAAUUCGAGCAAAUUUGAGGAUUUAAUCGACGAUUUGGAGGAGACCAAGGAGGUUCAGCAGGAGGUGUUUGACACCAUGACCCAGACUCUUUCCAUUUCCACUCAGGAGUUUGAGGAUGAACUGAAUGAGUUGGCCAAGGCCGAUGGCAGCAUCGACAGGGCGCUCAGUGAACUCCCAGUUCCUCCAAACGUUAAAGUCAACACGAAUCAGAAGGCUUAA